CCUAAAGCGGGACAUACGAUUUCAGACAAAAGCCAUCACAUGUUGUAAUCCGGACGCGCUCACUCUUAGCGUCAGCCUCGACUUGCUUGGACUCGCGUUUCUGAAGCUUUCUUCGACAUUGAUCCCCAGUGAUCUAUGAAUUUACCCCCGGCAAUAACGGCAUCCCUCACAACUCCAAUCGCAAAACCUCAACAAACCCAGAUUGGUUUCAGUGUGGAAGAUAGUAGAGACAAACGGUUGCAACGCCAGCAAGCUCGCUUUCGAGAUCGAGGAGGGAUUUAUGUACCGCAACCGCGAGGAACGUUGCUGAAUAUUCUAUUGAAGGGGGGACGUUCACCAACUAAGGGUGCUCGAAGUACUCGUUCGCGGAGUAGAUCUCAUUCGCCCGUUAAAGGAGGUGGUCAGAAGAAAGGAAAGGCUCAAAGACAGACACACGAGGAAGCGAAACCGAAGAAGAGGAAGAGCGUGGUUCAGAAAAAGGAUGUUAUAGCAGGACCGUCAAACUUAACGGGCGGAAAGAAGGAAACAUCGCGAGCAUCUCAAUCACGAUCCAGGAAAUCGAAAGCAGAUGACUCAAGUACACCUAAGAGCGCAACCACGCAAUCCAAGUCCAAAACUGUAAGGCGUUCUACUGUAAGUAAGGCCACCUCGACUGCCAAGGGUAAAGAGCGUGAAGAAGGAGAAGAGUAUGCGUCCAAACCUAGGCGUACACGGGCAACCAGAAAAGCAGCCGAAUCUGAGAACUCAGACGCUGAAGCGGGGCAAGAAGAACACGAGCCAAAGAAGAGGGCGCGUAAGGCGGCAGUGAAGAAGAAGAAAACACCUGUGAAAUCAGGUGGCAAAGCUGCAUCAAAAACUGCAGGUGGUGCUGAGAAUGAGGAAAGUAAUCGAGUAGUGAGGAUAUCCGUGGCGCGAAAGAGCAAAGGAGGUGGAGGUCUCGCGCAGGCGAAAGGAUCGACGUCAAGCAGUGAUAAAUUGCGCGAACGUGCCAUAAACAAGACACUCUUGAAGGAAGUCGACGCUCCAGACGCGGUGGAGGAACCCAAAGGUGGGUCAACAGUGACUAGUCUUGAUUACGAGCAACGGAGAGCAGAGAAGGCGAAGUCUCAAUCAAACUACGGUGGUCUUUCUGUUAUCGCGGAGGAGGAGGAGCCCAUUUCUCGAAUCUCGCCCAACUCCAUGAGUGAUGCAGAGGAACCUCCUGCGGACGCUGUCAUUGGGAGAAGCAAAUUCAACGAGAAAAAGCGGUCAGGUCCUGAAGGGGUGCCACUGUCCACUGGGAGUCGCAAGAGAAAGCAGGAUGAAGUGCUACCUCCACCAGAUUCUGCUACUUUUCGGAAGAAAGCCAAAACCAACACUGUCAAUGAUCCUGAGGAAGGUGUUUCUAAGCCACCAAAAAUUACCAGCAGACCCGGUGGUGGGUCGCGGAAGAAACCAGUGAUUUCAGGAGACAGUACGGAAACAGCUGGCGGUGCAAAACAGAGAACAAAUACUGGAGGACUGGCGUCAACAUCUGCACCCACGAGAAAGCGCAAACAUUCUGAAACUCAACACGAAGAGAAAGGUACAAGGAAAAUUGCCAGCAGGAAACGACCGCCAUCCGCGGGGGAUGACGACAAUGAUAAGGAAGAUGGCGGGACUAACACUCCAGCAAAGAAGAGAGCGAGAACUAUCCACACUGACGAUGCCAAGCCUGGGGAGAGGCUGAAAACAACUUCCAGGAGACAAAAAGAGAACUCCAAAGCGAUUCGCGGAUCGCCGUCAACAAAGAAGACUACAUCGAAGACCUCGUCCCCUUCCAAGAACAAGAAACCUACUCCCACUCAGAAACGAAAGGGGCCGCCGAAAGAAGUUCUGGAGCAGAUUAAGCGGUCUCAGCAGCCUCAUAUUGAGGAUGGCGAACCAGAUGAAUUGGACUUCCUAUCCUGA